AUGGUCCUGUCAACCUGCAUCAUACUGCAGGUCGAGGGCGUCUUUUGCUGGCGCCGGUCGAUCGCGGUUGGCAUCACUGCACUACACUACACUGCUGCACUGCUGCACUGCAUUCACAAUGCACCACUCGCAACUGGGACAAGCCACAUAUUCCAGCGUCACAUCGCUGGCUCGUCUUCGACUAUUUCCUCCCACACUGUGUCGUACCUGACGUCUCUUUCGUCCGGUAUUGUCCCUGUUCCUGGCGAUCCAUGCUCCCCCUCCUCGCCCUCCUCGCCCGACAUUCACGCUUUCCCCUCGCCCCCAAGACGCGCCCUCCUCACACAAGCCGUGUCAGUCACGCAGCACAGAGACACCUGCCAGACGAUAGCUGAUCCACAGACUUCUGCAGCCGGUAGUAUGCGACUGGCGGUCAAGAGUCCGCUCAGACGCCGCCGUCCCGGCUUUGUGAGCCUCCAGCUCGGAAUGGGUCCAUCACGAAUUCAAGCUGGAGACAAGACUACAUACUUUGAACCUCACUUUGACCCGCUUUCCCGAGCGGCGUGCCCACUAUGCACACCCAGGCAGACGGUUCACGGCUCUUGGAACUACGCAAUUCUCUUGGCCGCCAAACUGCUCGCCCGAGGGAGCCCCGACCGUCCACUUAUCCGCGGGGCAGAUCUCGACGCCCAUCUCCACGUCACCUUUGCGCCCGCUCGGUUCUUCAUUCGAGCGAUGGGGGUGAUGGCUUUUAUGACAUGGUCGAUGCUCUUGGGGAGAUUCUUGUCAUUUCGAGGCCAUCCCGCCGGGGACGCCAACGGCACGGGGUUUGCGCCUCCAGAGGUCGUCCCCUUUCUCGGACCAUCAAGACCAAGCCAGUUCCAGAGAGCCUCCACCCAUAACUCAAGAUACGUCGGUUGCCUUCUGGAACCACUGACUACCUUCAAGCUCCAAGCCAUCCGGCCGUCCUACGGUGACCCAUUCGACAUUGGUGGAGGAGCUCCAUCGGCCAGCGACGGAGGACGAAUAUUCUACAUUCGGGAGAAGCACAUCCACGAAGUUCGGCCACAGAGCAGCUGGCAGAUGGAUUGCGACGAAAUGUUCCGCCCAAGCGCUCAUUGGCGCUCGCUGCCGCCGGCAUCGUUCCUCGAAGGCGUGGCGCCGUCGAAUGGAGCUCAAGCGAUCGGAAUGUCCCAUGCUCGCGCACGCGUCGGCGUAUCACUAAGACAGACGGACUCCGUGAAGGCGGCUACAAAUCUACCAUACACCAUCAGGAAGCCCGAAAUAGCAAUGGGAUCCUCCGCUCGUCCAAAGUUCAAGGUCAAAUAA